UGCUGUUAUGGCUUCUAGUGGGGUGAUGGUGAGCGCCUCCGGCUCGGCCAGUGAGGCCCCUGAGGUUCCGGACAACGUAGGAGACCUGGCUCAUUUGGGACUCUUUGCUGCCAGAGUUGGGCUGGCCAGGGACUUAAUUGACAUCGAUUGGAUGGCACCUCAGCCAGGGGUGUAGCCAGAUAAUGGAAUUCCCGUGUACUCAAACUUCCCGAAGACAGCCUACUGUCUAGGAGCAUGAGGUACUACCCCGGUGGCAGCUGAAGUUGACGCCCUCUUCUCCUUGCCUGAACCUGCACCCCACCCCUCCACUCCAGGGCAGCCCCCAGCUUCAGCUGAGACGUUGCCUCUGCACAGUUGUGUGUGUAGUUCCCAAGGUUCUGCAGAGGGUGAUCCUUGCCCUUGUCCUGAGGAGUAGUGAUGGUUCUUGAAAAAAAUAUUUCAAAUAAAGCUUACAC